CUGUUUGUUUGACUCGUUGAUGACGUAGAUUGGAUGCGCCGGAACUGAUGAGCCAAAGGGAUCCUAAAUGCUGAUGUGUUACAAGAAAACACACUGCAGAGGGUCUUUUCAUUUUCCGUUUUGAUGAAUUAGUAUACUACAGUCAAAUUAAAAAGCGCCGGGUUACAGGUCGAUGUCAAAGAAGACUCAGAGAAGGAGAACAACAGCAGCGGGUCAGAGAGCCGAUGGCGCCCAAAGGUAAGGUUGGCACAAAGGGAAAGAAGCAGAUCUAUGAGGAGAAUGAGGCUACACUGAAAUUUUACACACGAGUCAUCCUCGGAGCAAAUGCAAUUUAUGUUGCAGUAAAUCUUUUGGUGUUCUACAGUUCAUCUACAUUUUGGACAUGGCUGCUGUUUAUGUUUGCACUAGCUGUGUAUGUCGGGAGUUACCGCUCCAUGUCAGCCAUGGCCAAGCCAGUGUUUGCUGAGGAUGGAACUCUCCUGGAUGGAGGAAUAGACUUAAACAUGGAGCAGGGAAUGGCAGAGCACCUUAAGGACGUCAUCCUGCUCACAGCCAUAGUGCAAGUUCUCAGCGUUAUCUCCUCUUAUUUCUGGUAUCUUUGGCUGCUGGCUCCGGCGCGUGCCGUGCACCUCCUGUGGGUAAACUUUCUGGGCCCCUGGUUUAUGGCAGAAAGCCCGUCAGCACCUGAAGAAGUGAACGAGAAGAAGCAGAGAAGACAAGAGCGCAGACAGAUGAAGAGAUUCUGAUGCUGCAGAGCAAACGGAGCAGUAUUUUUAUACACAUACAGAAUCUAAUUUACAGUUAGUGAGGACCUCAUAAGUUAUUCAGGAAGAAAUUAUGAUGUUCAGUAAAAGCCAAUCCAAAUGGCAUACCGUGGAAUAUUGUUUCCCAUGUUUGUUUGCUUUCUGCUGUUCUCCUAUAAUGUAAUUUUCUCCCCAAAUAAUGAAAUGAAAUGUUCCCUGUUAAGAUCAUUUCACGGUUUAAACCUCAUUAAUACUCAUGCAAAGAUUUAAGAGUUUUCUGUUGCACAAUUCUGACACAUUGACCCUGAAGAUUUCCAUCAGACAUCCCUUUAAUAAUCAGUUGAUACAGUGAUGAAAAUGAGUCUAACCAUAGCCAGCUGGAAGAUUCUGUCAGAGUGGCCUUCAUGUCUUUUUUUUUUUCUAUUUAAUUUCAUUGUGAUAUUUAAUCGAACUGAAUUCAUCUGUUAGUCUUCACUAUAGAGCCGAGAUAUUGUUUAUAAGCUGUUAUGUCUUAUAAAUACGACAAGUUUUCAGAGGAAAGAAGGAACAUUUUGUAUUAAAAAGUCUUCCUCUAGAGAGUUUCAAAA